CUUCACGACGAUUUCACGGCGAUAGAUUUGCUCACUCGCUCGCUCAUGGCGGCAUUCGCUUCGACGCCGGCCUUGACAGUUAGGGUUUCACCGGCUUCCCUCUGCUGCAGAGAAACUAGCAGGGCGCAACACCUCGUGAGCGUCUCCUUCUCGUUCGUCUCCUCGGCGUCUCGUCUCCCCCGCUCGUCCCUCCGCCUCGUCCCCUUCGCUCGGCCAAGGCGAAGGAGUAGCUCUGCUUCCAUCAGAAGAGAAGAAGGUCCUCCCAGGCAAAAGACAAGAAUGCCAAAUAGUGAGGAAGAUGGAGAUAAUAUUGAUGAAGAUGCUUUGGAGGCCCUUUUUGCCCAACUUGAGGAAGAUCUAAAAAAUGAUAACCUCUUGAGUGAUGAUUUUGAUGAUGAUGAUGAUAUUACUGAAGAAGAUAUGGCAAUGUUAGAACAAGAGUUGGAGGAAGCGUUUGGUGAUGUAGAGGAAGAUGAAAUUUCUGGAAUUUCACCAGGUUCUGAAAGCUUGGAUAGUGAGGAGGAUGAUGACGAAGAAAGGCAGCCAAAACUUAAGAAUUGGCAGAUUCGGAGAUUGGCUCGUGCUUUAAAGAUUGGUAGACGAAAAACUAGCAUUAAGAAUCUUGCUGCAGAGCUUGGUCUAGAAAGAGCGUUUGUUCUUGAAUUGCUUCGUGAUCCACCUCCAAAUAUUUUACUCCUGUCUGCUUCUUUACCUGAUGAGACCAUACAAACAUUUGACUCUUCAAGCAGGUCACCUUAUGACAUCCGUCAAACACUUGAACCUGAAAGUGAGCCGAUGGAAUCUCCUCUUACAACAUCAGUUGAUGUUAAAAGCAAGCCUGAAAAGGAUCUCCCUGUCCAUGUCAUGCAGAAAAGGUGGUUAAUGCAAAAGAGGUUGAAGAAAGUUCAUAUUGAAACGCUUGAAAGAGUUUACUCACGAACAAAACGCCCUACUAAUGCGAUGAUUAGCAGCAUUGUACAUGUAACAAACCUUCCAUGGAAGAGAGUAUCAAAGUGGUUUGAAGACAAGAGACUUGAGGAUGGAGUACCUAUUCAGCGUGUUCCUUACCGCCGCUCUUCAUCUGAGUCGAUCUCUACUAAUUGAUCUGAAGAUUUGUUUAUGGUAAAAAGAAAAUACUUUUUUCUAGGUUGCACUGCCAUGCUUAUCCUCGUGGUCUGAAAGCAUAGAUUCCCUGAAUCUUCCCAAAGGCUAUGAACUGGCUCAAGUUGAUUAACCUUCACAUGCUUUCAUUAGAUUUGCUUGUAAUAUCUUUUGCAUAUCAACAAAGCUUGCUUCAAAUUUCUCUUAGUACAUAUUUGGUUUCAUCUAAUCUGAAUGAGGAUAUUAAUUGGUCUCGAGGGUUUAUUAUGGACGGCGUUGUAAAGAUAUUCAAGUGGCUGAUCUGCUCCACAUUUUAUAUAAUCAAUGAGUUGUUCAGACACA